GCCACCGACCCCGCCUCCUCCUCCUUUCCCAGCUGCCCUUGCGCGGGUCCCGUGCCUCGGGUGGAGGGAGAGGGAGGAGGAGGCGGGCGGCGUUGUGGCAUCGUCAGCGCGGCCCUCUCCGGAGCCCCAGCCCCACCCACCGCCCGGCGGCCGGCCGUUGUUUUAUGUUAGCGGGCGUCUAGUGAAGACGAGGAGGAGGAGGAGGUGGGGGGGCGGCGGCGGCGGCCGGUGAACUGGCGGUGGUGCCGAGUGUGUGGGUGGGGCUGGCGCGGCGGCGGCGGCGGGUCCCGCCUCCUCCUCUUUCUCCCUGAGGGGCCACCCAGCGGCAGCGCAGCCCCAUGAGCCGCUCGCGGGAAGGGCGUUAACAACCCCGCCUGGCCUCCCCCCGGUUCCCCUCAGCCGAGCGAGCGAGCGUCGGCCUCCUCCUCCUCCUCCUCCCUCUCUCGCCUUUCCCUCCCCGCCCUCGGAGCGCCUCCUGUCAGGCCGGCGCGCGCCCUCGCCUCUCCUCAGAGAGCGUAACAUCCCGCCGCCGCCGCCGCCACCCUCUCCUCUUCCUCCGGGGGCAUCACCCAAGGCACGGGAAGCCCGCGACGGGGCUCGAGCGGAGGUAGCGCCGCCGGGAGCGCCGCGGCGGAGUCAUGAAGAUCAAAGAUGCCAAGAAGCCGUGUAAGAUUUCCCUCUUCCUGCCAAGCCCUCCUUCCCUUCUCUUCUCCGGGGCUUGAGCAGGUGUCGGCUCGCUUUUUAAAACGAAAACCCGGGGGUGGUCAAACCAGGAGGGGAAGUGCCACGCCGCUUUGCUUGGCGUUGGCUCACGCAAAAAUAAGCCAGUCGGUGUUGGGUUUUGCAUCUGUGGUGUUUUGGUAGCCAGAGGCACAUGCUUGGGUUGAGAUUUGUAGAAGGAGCGGGGAGCCAAUGCGGUGAAGUUUGCUUUUCCGUUAUUGUUAAGAACUUGACUGGGUUUCAGUGAGUAGUAAGGGAUGGCUGUGUCGGCACCACUUUUACACAUUAUGCAUGUUCUCUGUAGGAAACACUCCAGUCUAUCAACAUGUGGAAAUGAUGUGCAGGUUGUCCUGUCUGAUACCUGCACACAUUUCUGUUUUGUUUUGCGUUCACGUGGUGUGUGUGCUAGGAAACUGCCAUCAAAUAGUGUUCCAGUGAAUUGGGUCUGUAUAUGAUCAUGCUGUCUCUGACCUAUGUGCUUUUGUCAUACUUUCCCUACAAUAGUCCUCUUUAAAAUAUGAUGUCAUGUUUGAACUGCUACAUAGUUAUUUGGUACAUUUCCCUCCUCUUCUGCCUAAAAGAUGUCCAAAUAUCAAUACUCUGCCCUCAGGCCAAUGGCCAACAGCCAAUUUAAAAUAUAUGUCACAAAAGUGAUUGGCAGGGAAGAGGAAAGAAAGCCAACUCAGGCACUGGUUCCAAAGCUCUGUCAGCUGGAAUGGUAAGAGUACAGGAAGAGGUCUCAAGAAAGGCCCUGGAGUGGCCCUGCUUUCAUUCUCUCCCUCUGUUGCAGCUUGAGGAAAUAGCUGGUGUCAAGUGGUGAAAGGAUGAUAUCCCUGCUUCCUUUUUCUCCCCUUUCUACAGCCACUGGCCCUUCAUGUAAAUUAAAGUUUACAUGUUUUCAGUGGGUGUGUGAUUGUGAAAAUUGGAAACAGAUUUUUUUCAUAGAUCCUUUUUAAUAUUGUGAAUUAUUUUAGUUGCUUAAUAUAUUAUUUCAUAUAGUCCUAUAAGGAACUUUAAUAAUACAAAUCUUCUCAGUGACAUCGCAGUAGAAGCUAGGAUUAAGUUCCUGUGCAGUUAUUAGCACAUUCUUGUUUAAGUCAUACUGUGACAGACUUUGGGGAGCACUUAAAAACCAACAACAAAUAAGCUGUUCAGUCACACGCAUGCAUUCUUGGAAGUAAGUCCCACUUGUGUUACUCCUGACAUAAGGAUACAUAGAACUGCAGUCUAACAAGCAAUAAAUUCUCUUAAAGCCAUGCUGGACUUACCAGUAGUUUAACAAAGGAGUGUUUUACCCACCUACCCUUUUUACCUUUUGCCCUGAAUGGCAUGUGCAGUAGGGCCCCAAGAGUAGGCAAUUGGUUCAUUUUAAUUUUGAUAUAUGUAUUCUGAGAAGCUUCUGUUUUUUUAAAUAGUGGCAUGAGAGAAGUAUAAGAAAUUACAUUUUAGGAACAUGUGAUUGAUAGCAUUUACCAGUGUUUUAUAAUAAUAUAUAUAUAUAUAUAUAUAUAUAUAUAUUAUAUGAUAGUCUUGCAGAUGUGGCAUAUGCCUCUUGCCCUUUGAUCCUGGAAGGAAAAUACUGUAGGAGUCUGGAAUUUAAACUGAAUAACUUAGUAAAAUGGGAAAUUGUAUCCAGUAAACUUAAUAGAAGCAGACUCUUUGUAAAUAGUUGCAAGAGCUUUCUUAUACAAAUCUUACUCUUUGGUUUUUUCCUUUGCUAACUGAGAUUAUACAAUGUUUGUUUCUCAAAUGUCCAGUGUCACAUUAAUGAAUAAAAAAAAAGCUCCAAGAAAGUGCCAACUGCCAUGGUGACUUUGCACAAAAGGGAGGUUAAAUGUUAAUUGUCACUCACUUUCUGUUGUUCCUUUUGACAAUUACUCUACUCAUAAAAUGCUUUCUAGCAGAUUUAUAGACCACUGGUAAGCAGCUCAUACCUUUGUUCAUGGUUAUAUGUGAACAAAGUUAGGUUUACAAAAAACACUUUCCUGCAUUCUGAGUGUUGUAACAAAAGUUGAGGGGGCUGUGCUCCAAAGUAAGCAACAAAACACACCAAAUGUUUAAUAAGAACAACAUGAACAAUUAAUAUAACAUUUAUAGGAAUGCAUCUUGAACUUAUUUUUAUUUCUGUAAGCAUACAUUUCCUGCCUGACAAAUUAUUUAAGCACAGGUAAGGUAAAAAAGGGACGCGGGUGACGCUGUGGGUUAAAUCACAGAGCCUAGCGCUUGCCGAUCAGAAGGUCGGUGGUUCGAAUCCCCACAACGGGGUGAGCUCCCGUUGCUCAGUCCCUGCUCCUGCCAACCUAGCAGUUCGAAAGCACGUCAAAGUGCAAGUAAAUAAAUAGGUACCGCUCCGGUGGGAAGGUAAACGGUAUUUCCGUGCGCUGCUCUGGUUCGUCAGAAGCGGCUUAGUCAUGCUGGCCACAUGACCCGGAAGCUGUACGCCGGCUCCCUCGGCCAAUAAAGCGAGAUGAACACCACAACCCCAGAGUUGGCCACGACUGGACCUAAUGGUCAGGGGUCCCUUUACCUUUAAGGUAAAAAAAAAGGUAAUGUCAAAGACCCCUGGACAGUUAAGUCCAGUCAAAGGUAACUAUGGGGUUCAGCGCUCAUCUCACUUCAGGCCAAGGGAGCUGGCGUUUGUCAACAGACAGCUUUCCAAGUCAUGUGGCCAGCAUGACUAAACCACUUAUGGCGCAACAGAACACCAUGACGGAAGCCAGAGCGUACGGUAACGCCAUUUAUUUAAAUGCAGACGUAUACCUGGCAGAUAGCUCAAUUCUGUACAUGUCCCAUUUAGUUUAGUGAGCCUUGCUGCCUAGUAAGUGUGGUUAGGAUUGCCACUCAGGUAAUCUAACAUCAGGCAGCCAUGUCUGAGUUGCCAGUGAAGAUUUUGCUACAUUUCCUGUGACAUUAGUCUAGAUUUAUAAUCCUUGUCUCAAAAGACUUCACCACUUGCUUGGCUAUUAUGCACUUUGCAUAUGUAGAAAUAAUCGCCUAAUUACAUAUGAAUUUGUAUUCUUCAAAUUAAGCCUAUGCUCAUAUUCCUGUGAGCACAGCUGCAUGACAAAAAUAAUUUUAUGGCUCCACCAGAUUUGCAGGUGCUGCUUUCCAUUAGCUGAUGUUUUUGCUCACUAAGAAGCAGUGGGUUGUAUCUGAUGGUGACAUUAGGCAGUGUCAGCAUUCGAUAAAACCCACUGCUCUCUAGUGGCAAUAUAUGCUAAAUGUGGCACCUCUUCUGCUUGGGUAGGUCUGGAAACCUGAUUUUCAACAGUUCUCCUACUCGCCCUGAAAACCUGCUUAUGUGGGUUGCAGAAUACUCCAGAACAAUAGAGUAAUGGCGUAGAAAGCUACCAUAAGCAGCAGGGAUACUGGCUGUUUCUGAUAAUGCCGCCCUAGGAUACAACCCAUGUGGUUGGUCAUUCUCAAGAGUUAGACCCAUUGAAAAUAAUGACCCUCACUAACUUAGGCCCAUUCAUUUCAAUGGUUCUAUUCUUGAGUACAAUUUAAUUGGCUACAACUCAUAGGCUUGUAUCCAAUGUCAUACUAAGUAACUGUCCCAACAGCACAAGAAUUUACACUUGCGCAGGGGGACUUUCCCUCUUCUCUGUGCCCCUGCCCUCCCCAGAUCUAUUCUGGAGCAUUGGUGGAACCCCCAGAACAGAUGUAAGGGCUGUGUGGGGCAAGGAGAGUGGGAGAUGGCUACUUAGAGUUACAGUGGGUGCAAGCCAUAGUCUGUAAACACUGACAUGUUGAAAUUUCACUUUUCUGCUUUGCUGCAUACAUGCAGCUGUGUUUCAUAAAGAAUUUUCCAGUGUAUGGACUAAACUUCCUGAAUUGCUUCAUUGAUGACAGUGGGGAGAAUGCUGAAGAAGACUCAAUACCAGUCAACCCUAAAUUGAGCGUCAUGAGGUCUCGACCCAUGAUAAAUCUAGUACAAAAGUCUUUUGCAAAGAAGAGUUUCAUACAUUGUUGGCGUCUGUAGUGCAACCUUUGUGAGGAAACUGCUACCGCGGCUUCCCCACUUCUGUUCUGAAGAUAAUACUUCAAAGAAAACCGAGCUAUACUUUCAUGUCUCAUAAGCAGCUAUUUUAUAAAAAGAUAUUGCCCACCCACAAAACAUUAAUAUGGACUUAAUAACUAACCACAAGUAAAUGUGAGUGUUCAUCUUUAUGGCUAAAAAUUAUAGCUAUCUUGUUGUCAGGAACAACCAAGGUUCAAAGAUUACUAGAUGUCCUUAGUCAAUCUUUUAGUAUCUAGUGCUGAAGAGUUAUAAACAAGUUGCUUAUGUCCAAGUACUUUAAGGGAGCAGGGAUUGCAGUUUUAUAAUUGCAAGUUGAAGAGGAAGCUACCUAAAAAGUUUCUGAAAAAUCUUCCAAGUGGGAAGUAUGUUGAAGUAAUGGUUAAGCCUAUACAAUAUAGGGAUCUAUAUUAAUAUAUAUUAAAUUGCAUAUUUACAUAACUGUUCUCAGAAGAACAGUUCAAUGGGACUUACUUCCAAGUAAGUGUGUGUAAGAUUGAAAAUAGUAGUUUUUCAGGGACCUAUAAAUGUUUAGAUUGACAGAGGAGCAGAUUAUUUAACCUUAUGGAUUCUGCUGCUCUUAGAAGUCAUCCUGCCCACGCCCCCCCUAUAAAUAAUUCACAUUUCUGUUUACUACAUAGUAGGGUUAAGAGCAAAGUCUUCUUAUUUACUUGACUUCUGUUCUGCCUUUCUAAAAAAGAAAUCACCGUGAUUUACAAACAUUUUAACUCACAAAGUAAAUCAGUUGUGAAAAGAGUGUUUUUCAAAACCCAUCUGGAAAAGUACUUUCCAAGUGGUAUAAUUCACUUUUUAAGAAAUCCAUUUUUGGAUUGUGAUUAGCUUUUCGGUUGUUUGUAGCAUGCAGUUGGUUUGUCAUUACUGGCUCAAAUGUGCUAACAAAAGAGGAUACAUAGGAGUGAUCUGGUCCACAUUUCUUAUGAUGUCAAGCAGUUUUUGCUAAUUGCUUAGAAAGACAGCAGAGAGACUGUUAAGGUGCUGGCAGCGGAGAAGACGUUCAUUCUCAAUUUUCAUAUGCAUAUGAUUCUCUAACAAGUAACUUUGUUUCACCACAGCUUUCCCAUGGUUUGGUAUGGACAUUGGGGGAACCCUCGUGAAACUUGCAUAUUUUGAACCUAUUGAUAUCACUGCAGAAGAAGAGCAGGAAGAAGUUGAAAGCUUGAAAAGUAUUCGCAAAUAUUUGACAUCAAACGUAGCCUAUGGGUCCACUGGUAUUCGAGAUGUCCACCUUGAACUCAAGGACUUGAUACUUUUUGGGCGAAAGGGAAACUUGCACUUUAUCCGAUUCCCAACCCAUGAUCUGCCUACUUUUAUUCAAAUGGGAAGAAGUAAAAACUUCUCAACGCUGCAUACGGUGCUCUGUGCCACUGGCGGUGGUGCCUAUAAGUUUGAAGAAGAUUUUCGCACAGUAGGUAGUUCUGUUGUAUCCUCUGUUACAUAAUCUGUUCUUGAAGUACAUUAUAGUCUGUGGUGAUUAAGUAAUAAGUCUCUGAAAGCAUUGCCUUUGCUAUCAUAGGCAAAGAUCUGAUGAGCCAGGAUACUUCUGAAUUAGUACUUUGGACCUGUUUGCGUAAGAUCUUUGCAUGCAUGGCAGUGACAACAUGCUGGAAACAAUUUUUGUCCUGCCUCUACAUCUGCUUUCAAAAUAGUCCUUUGUUUUCCUUAUAACUGCAUUAAUAACGACAUUAAUUCAGAAUCAGUGACUAACAAGCUUUUCUUCCUCUGAUAUAGACCAGAAAGUUGUGCUAUAUCAUGGUCAAAAUUUGAGCACAUAGAUUUUUAGCCAUUGCACCGUUGACAGUUAGCAUUCGUCUCUCAUUUUCCUUUGAUAGGAGCCCCCAGAACCCAAUAUUUGUAUGCAGGGUUGGAAAACAACCAGAAAUGUUUUGCAUACUUGGGAUUUUUUUCAGUCCUGGGUGCAUGUAAUAUGUGGGCCACACUUCCUUGCUAUGGCUUGUCUAUUGUCAUGAGUUGCCUACUUCUGUCUGCAGUCAUCUAACCCUUUAAGAACAAUGACUGUACCAUUUUUAUAAAAGAAUUAAGGUCAGUCCUUUCCUGGGUAGUUCUGGAAUAGCAGUGAAGAUUAUACUUAAAUAGUGGAUGUAUGAUGACUUCCUUUCUCAUCCAGUCUUUUGACAGUGAGUGUAGGUGGAGUUAGCCGAGUUGUAAAGUUUUAUUUAAAGUGUUGUCAAAAAUGGUCUGCAAGUAGAAAUUGAGUGCAUAUAGCCUGCAGAAGAGUUGUGUGGGCCUUGCAUGUUCUUAAUUUGCAAUGCUUCAUCUGAUUUGGAUAAAAAAAGCGACAAAAGAGAGAAAAAGAAUUUGAGAAGCUAAUUUUGAGAAAUUGUUUUGAAAUAUUUGCAGGAAAUGAAAACUACUGUUAAUAUAUAUGCCAGAAAUAGAGAAGCUGAUGAAAGUCUAGGAGUUUUGUGGGUUUCUUACUACUAACUGGCUUGAUUAUUUUGAAAAUGCUGGUAUAAGUUAUCAUUCUAAAGACACGAUAACAAAUUUAUCUGCUUGUAUAACACUGUAGUCUUUUAAAACCUGCAUCUGAGUGAAUUUGACUUAAGCUGAUAACAUUUUGUGAUGAGAAGAAGCCAAAAUAAUGUCUCUUUUGCAAUUUUGCAGAUUGGAGACCUCCAGCUGCACAAACUGGAUGAACUUGACUGCCUUGUCAAAGGCUUGCUGUACAUAGAUUCUGUCAGUUUUAAUGGCCAGGCAGAGUGCUACUAUUUUGAAAACGCAUCAGAACCUGAAAGAUGCCAAAAGAUGCCUUUUAACCUGGAUGAUCCAUACCCGUUGCUGGUUGUAAACAUUGGUUCAGGAGUCAGUAUUUUAGCUGUCCAUUCCAGAGACAACUAUAAGAGAGUAACUGGAACAAGGUAGAGAAUUUAAAGAAUGCCAGAAUAAGCUAUUAAAUGAAAUGAUAAAUCUGUGUUCAUGGGUCUCUUUCAAAUGCAUACACAUCAUUGACGAAAUUGCCAUUCAGAAGUAUCUUUUUAUUUUGCAGUGUGUUUAGCUUUCUUGUCUUAAGAGCAGUGUGAAUUCUUUUUUAGAGUUACAUUUUCAUUUUUUUUGGUUAACCACCUUCACAAAAUAACUUUAACAUUUUUUAUUAUAUUAUAGGCGGCUUGGUUAAAAAAAUGGAAUAUUUUUUAAAAGAAAGGAAGAAAAUAACAGGAUUUGGGAAGAUUUAUUCUGUUUUUAUUAGGACUAUCCAGCUGCUGAUGGCUCUUGCUACAGACACAAUUACAAUAACUUAGUCCUAGUCAACAGGAUAUUUGUGGUUACCCUAAACACCAUUUCAGCUUCCUUGGUUGGGAGAGGCACCUCGAAAGAUAAAUGCUUGAGUUGGGUUCCAUAAUAAUUGUUUUGGUUGGUGUUGCUGUUCCUGAUUUUUUAAUACUGCCCACCAAGAACUUUCAUGAUAUGGUGGGCAACAACUAAAAAUGAACAGCUUAUUAUUCAUUGUUCACUAGGAAUGUGUUUUGCCUAAGUCCUUAUGUAGAUUGUAGUCAGUUGAGCUUAUUCAAUUUAUUUCCUGGGUCGCACAGGUAAGAUGUCUAGAAUUAAAAUUGUUAAUUUUAAAUAUGCAAUUUACAAGCCAAUGCGUUUUCUUUCUUUUUUUUUUCCACACCAGUCUAGGUGGUGGGACCUUUCUUGGCUUGUGCAGCUUGCUGACUGGAUGUGAAAGUUUCGAAGAAGCUCUAGAAAUGGCAUCUAAAGGGGAAAGUACACAUGCCGACAAGCUAGUCCGGGAUAUUUAUGGAGGAGAUUAUGAACGGUUUGGCUUGCCAGGGUGGGCAGUGGCAUCUAGGUAGGUGUUGUAGGAGAAUACACAGCACCAUAAAAAUUUUUGCUGGAUUUAAGAGGCCUUUAAAAAGAUGGGUUGUUCCAAUGUUAGUCAUAUGCUGAAAUCAGCUGACUUAAUUGAUUUAAUUGAGUAGAACUUAAUUGGCUACAACCCAUUGAUUUUUAAUUAGAACACCUAAUAAGGAAUUUAAAAAUGUGAUUUGUUUACUUAAUCUAUUUAUUUACAGAUACAUAAGAGGAAACACAAAUUGUAUCCAACUUAGUAUUUGCCACUUGGAGAACAGAGCUUCCCUGCCCCACCUCCAGAUUUAUUCUGUGCACUGCACACAGUGGUUUAGUUAGCUUAAAGUACUGACACUUAAAUUUUAGCCUACGUACAUUGAUGCAAUGAAACCAAUUUAAGACACCCAUAUGGUGCCUGCCUGUAGUGCAUGAGCUUCCAAAACAUGGCCCAUGCCUGCAUAAUAACAAAGAAUUAAACUAGGCAGUUGUGUCUGGUUUGUACUCUGCAAGUCUUUGUUCUAAUUACACACGAGACGUAUCCUGUUCAGUAGCUAAUCUAAAAGUAAAUCUGCCAACCUCAAGCCAUUGAAACGGAAAGUGGUGUCUGCUAACACAGCGCAGUUGGACUUGGACUCAAACACUGUUGCUCUUUCCUUGCAGUUUGACCUGAGUCCUUCAACUCUUGGAGCGAUGAAAGGCUGCCUAGGUUCUUCUGGGAAAGGUGAAGGGCCUUGGGCAGUCAGCAAGCACAGUUGUAUAUUAUUGGCUGUGUUUCCGCACUUACCAGCCCCAGCUAGAGAUCCGUGCCCUAAGUGAAAGAAAGACCAGCAUAGAAAUUGUAUUUUUAACAGAAGAUUAUCUGACAUUAUGGCAUCUCUCGUCUUUCAGCUUCGGGAAUAUGAUCUACAAGGAAAAGCGGGAAUCUGUUAGUAAGGAAGACCUGGCUAGAGCUACACUGGUUACUAUCACCAAUAAUAUCGGAUCUAUAGCACGGAUGUGUGCUGUAAAUGAGGUAAGCUUUGUUGGGCAGGAACAGCAGAGACUGCAAUGCAUUUAAAAUCCAGAUUGGAAUAGUGUGAGAACUAACAGGAUCUUUCUCUCACAAAUCAGAGGUGGCUGGUCAGGAUCUGCCUUUUUCUCUAUUUGGAGAUUUAAGUUGAUAAUCACUAUUUAAAUCAAAAGUCUUCAGGUCUUUAAACAUUUUACUAUAAGCUUUUAUUUUUAUAAUAAGACUUAAAUAUAAAAUAUGUACCUUACUGAGUUCUUCUUCCUUUUUUGUGAGAACACACGUCUGUCUUUGCUGCUGUCUGAAACAUCCCAUCUGUUUCAGAUGCAAACUUGUGGAAAUAUGGAAGAGCAGUUGCUCAUCUGGAAUAUUGCUUGCUGCCUUCGGCUUCUUUACAGUGCUGCCUUGUUGCAUAUGGAUCAAGCAGCAUUGUACAGGGCUAUGAAGGCACAAAGUGCAGCUCCUGUCAGAGUAGUGGCUUGGUUCGAUUGUAUUACACUUGCUUGAUCCAAAUAAGAAUUUGUUCUUCUCGUCUAGGAUGAAGAAUACAGUGGCAUAUACAAAUCACCCCGUUUAAGUUGCCAAUACCUGUUGCUAUGGUAUAUGUUAGCUAGCCUGGACCUUGCUUACAACUUGAAAUGACUUUGGUUGACCAUUGUUCCCUUGAAUUCACAUAGCUACCAUGUUACACUGAUAACAAUUAUAUAAAAUGCCUAGGAACGCAACUCUAUGAUUCUAUGAAUCUUAUGUGUUCUUCUUUCCCCCAUGGAUAGCUCAGUUGAUUAGAGUGUGGUGCUGAUGAUAAUGCCAGGGUUGCAGGUUUGAUCCCUGUAUGGGCCAGGUGCAUAUUUGGGUUGGGCUAGAUGAUCCUCAGGGUCCCCUUCCAGCUCUAUGAAAAAUAGAUUACAGAGGUACCAGAUUGAAAACCAGCUAGGUGAGAUGUUGAAGGCUUGGGCAAAUAAAAUGGUCUUUGCUUUGUGCUAGAGGAACAUCAGGUUUGGUGCUAGCUGAACCUCUCUGGAAAGGAAAAGUCCACAAGCAAAACUGUAUGAAAGCCCACCUUUUUGGGUUGCCACCUACCUAACAUCAAAAGGUGGGGGAGUGAGUGGGUGCUGAUGAGCUUAACAUUGGAUGGGCUUGGGGUCAGAAUUCAUGUGAUAUUUAGGUUCCACACUUGAUCCAGACUUGUACCAGCUGAACAGAGUUCCACUUCAGACCACCCUUACUGACAGAAGGUGAGGGGAGGCAACUUUAACUAAUUUCCCCCUGCAACCCCUUGCCCCUACUGAAAAUAUGCAGGGGAUUGGCUUUCCAGAAAGCGGGUCUGCAGGAGCGGGGAAGGCGAAUUAGUGAACGUAGCCUUUCCCCCAGCAGGAUCUAUACCAGGGGUCACCAACCUAUGGCCCGGGGGCCGGAUAAGGCCCAAGGGACUCGUUUAUCUAGCCCACAGCAAUCCCCGCCGCCACCCACUCUUACCAGCACAGGGACCCACUUCCAGGUAGGAUGUGCACCGGAAAUAGCAUUUGCGCACGCGUACGGGCACACCCUCUGGCUCGCCACGCAAUCAUCGCUCGAGACACCAACCCGAGGCAAGGAAAGCUUGGAGACCCCUGAUCUAUACAUUCACAGAAGGAGAUAUCUGGCCCCAACUUUCUGGCAAUUUACGCAAUGUUUAAUGCAUGCAUUAAUAGUUUAUGGGUUUUUGAAGCACACAUAACUUUGCAAACUGUCCAGGAUUUAAAUGUGGUUAAAGUAUCUAAAUGUUACCUAAAUGUUAGUUAUACAAUUUUUUUAUUGUUAAUUGACUCCACGAGCAUUUUCACACUUAACUGGGAAUCAACCCCAGUGGGACUUACUGAUGAAUUUGUGCUUAGAAUUCAUUCAUACAUAGGAUUGUGAUGCUAGUCACUCUUGCAUCCCAGUGAAAACUUGUAUUGCUUUUGAUUAUAUCCCACUGAGGAAACUCUUGUUGUUGUUGUUUUUCUUUAGAAGAUAAACCGUGUUGUCUUUGUUGGUAACUUUUUACGUGUGAAUACGUUGUCGAUGAAGCUUUUGGCAUAUGCACUGGAUUACUGGUCCAAAGGCCAGUUGAAGGCUUUGUUCCUAGAACAUGAGGUAUGUAUGACCACAGCUAUUGAAUAUAGAGCUAGACAAUUUUUAUCUUCCAGUACAAAUGCCAUAAUUUUAAAUUUAUUUGUAAUGGUUUUCUUCAGUCGUGAUUUGGAAGAUGUGUAGCUCUAGAAAGGUGUGGUUUUUUUGCACCUGAGCUGUUGGGAUGGUAAGAGAGAUUGUAUGCCAUGAACCGUUUUGGGGAAGCAGGAUUACAUUUUAAAGAAAAAUACUGUUCCUGCAUAGGACAGACGGUUGCAUCCGUGGGUUUUUCUUUGAAUUUCUCCAUUCACUUUUAUGUUUUGGUUAAUGAACUGAAUACACAUAAUGGGUGCAAUCCUGCCAAAGUUGAGUACUUUAAAGCAUGACUGGUGUCAAUGGGAGAGCUUGAAAUCUCUUCCAUUGACAUUACUGGUGCUUAAAAAUGAUUUGCUGGAUUGUCCCCCAAGUAUUUCAGUUACCUGGGAAAAACAAACAAGUACCUUAAUGAAAGUUCUGGGAUAGUAAAUGGCAUGGUUGUACCUAAUCUUUCAGAAAUAAUAAAUCAUGGAUUGCUGUCUUUCUUGUCAGGUACCGUAGGAGUGCUUGACAGUCACGAGUUAGUGCCUUUGCAGCUCAGAUACUGCAUUUUCGGUCAAUUCCUCUCUCCUCACUAGAGCUUCAAAAUUAGCAGUUGUCAGGCUCCCUCUUUGCCACAAUAAUUACCACCAGUCUCUCAGACAAAGCUCUCCCCAUGACUUAUUUGCCCAUGCACGAUUUGCUCCAAAACUACAGUGGAGAGUAGGGAUGUUUAGGCAAUUUUGAGAAGGCUGUCUGAUCCAGCUCAAUGCAGUGCUAUAGAAAGUAUGCUCAAUAGUAUGUUUCCCUCCUUUUUAGCCUUUGUUCCUCACUCUUUAAGUUGCAGGGAGGUAAACAAUAUGCUGUGCACACGCCCCAUAAUGGUAUCUUGUGGGCAGAGCUGAGAAGGUUGUUCAUGUGGCAAUGUUCCAGCUGCCAUUCACAGGCAGGGAGAGAAGGGAGCAAAACAUAGGUGGGGUCAGUGCAAAGGCUUGUUUAGAAGUUAGUUUAUCCAGAGUAUUAUCAGUAGAUUGACUAUACUGUGGAUAUAUUUCUCCUUCCUAAUUUGUCCAGGUAUCCAUUAGGAAAAGGCAAGAGAUUUUUGUCAUGUGCUUCUGCCUGUUUUGAAAAAGGCCAACUUUAAUAUGGUAGUCAAAACCUGAAUUGUGAAAAAUCUUCUUUUAAAUACAGGGAUACUUUGGAGCAGUUGGCGCCCUCCUUGGAUUGCCAAAUUUCAGCUGAAGUGCAAAGCAUCACAAAACUGAAUUAUUUCCUACCUUUCUGGCAUUAUUACAACACUGUUUUAUAUCAACUGGAACCAAAGGGCCGCUGUCUUGCUAUAAAUGUCUUUAAUUGUAAGAAUGAUGAACUGUCUCACUGAGACAGAGUUUGAAGGCUAGGUGUUUCUUUCAGAAGCACCUGGUGAUUUCCUUGUGUAAGGCAACCUCUAACACACGCUGAGAGUUCAGUAUGCACUACAGCCUCUGAGAAACGAGCCUAGAAAUCAGAAUUGGAAUAUUAUUCUUAGUUUAGCUGUCCGAAUCCUGCAGCGCUGAUCAAAUUUUGCUCCAAAACCCCCCUCCAGGCUAUUAGCUUGCAUCUAGUUGUGUCAGCCUUGUGCUGAAUGUUAAUUUCCCAUUGGGUCAAAAGAAACUGACCCAGGGCCACAACCAAGUGCCAUCUGCUAAAAAUGAAGUUCUUUGAUGCAAAGAGUUUUUUUCCAUCAGUGCAGAGAGAUUACAGUGUCUUCAGACUUCCAGUAUUAAGGUUUCGAGAAAAUAAAAAUGAAAAUAUCAGCAAAGACUUUGUACAAUUGAUUUAAGGUGAGUUAAACAACUAAAUACACUUGUGUUUGGCUACCAACUGUAUGGUCAGAUUUUGUUAAGCUUUGCAGUAUCCGAGUUCAUUUGGUGGUUAAAUGAUAGCUGCCUGUGUUGGACGUUCUUCCACGUAGGAUUUUCAAUCAAACAUUAAAGGGCUAUAUCAGAAAAUGGCCAAUAGAAAAAGUCCAUAGUUCAAAACCACCAAACUUUAUUAAAAACGUGGCAGCUGGUGCGACUGAGAUCAAAGUAGCGAUAGCAUUUCAGUUCUUACAUUGACAGUUCUGGUGGGAUGGCUUUUGUGCAAUUCCUCAGUUUAUAGAAAAACACUGAAAAAUUAACCCAGAUGUCAAUUUAGGGCAAGUAUUAAGGCAGCUUUAGAGGUUGUACUACACAAACUUAGAAGGUCCAGUGGUCAUUGUACUCCUGAUAAACGGUUCCAGAUACUGCAACAGUGUGGCCUUGAAAUAAACUCAAACAUAUUGGGGCUACUCCUGUAUUUUCACUGUCUGCUGUUUUCAGACUUGAUUGUAAAAGUUUACAAUAGUGGCAUAUUUGUAGAUUGCUGCAGCAAAGCUUACCAUAAGACCUCAGAAGAAGAAGAAAUCAUCUCAGACAAGAAAAUUUCUAUGCAGAGAAAUACAUAAUUGUAUCUCGAGGAAUAUGCAGAUAUCCAAUCCAUGAAUGAAGUUUUCUAGAUGGAAAUUUACCACUCCUACUAGAGCUCAAGCUUAGUGCUUGAUUUACUUGAUCAAGUUGAUAUUAUUUGGGCGCACCAAUCCUUUAUACAGCAAUAUCCAUAUGGAAAAUGUAUCUCUAGAUAUCUAGUAUGCAUGGCUUUUCAAUUUUUAAAAUUCAAUUCCAUUUAACUACAUUUCAGCGCUCAUUGUCAGUAAUUAGUGUUGAUGUUGCUUGUGUUGACCUAAAACUAAUUUCCCUUUCUUACGACUUAAAAAUUGGUGAUCUCUAGAGCACGCAGCAGUGUCCAGAGAUACAUAUUUUGUUGGUCUCAUGCUGGACAGAAAAUACAGGCUGAGCCAAGUUUCUUGUUAAAGAGAUGUUGUACUUGGCUAUUGUGACCCCAUCUUUUUUAAAAAGAAAAGUAUAACAAAUAAUUCACAAAUGGUUACAUGGCAGUAACGCUUUGCCUUUAAAAGAUUAUAUAUCUUGGCCUCAUGUCUUAACCUAAGUGUUUCAGUUAAAGCGUAUGCUCUUGGUUGCAAUUUAUAUUUUUUAGUACAUAUCCUGGACUGUAAGAAAAUCAUCUAAAGUAUCUCUUGCUCUGUAUUGAGUGCCAUUCAGAACUGAAGAUGACUGAAACAACUGGACAACUCUUCCAUUUUAGUUCCUAGGCAAAUGCAUUACAAGAGUUUUGCUCUAGAAGCAAGCAGGUUUGACAUGUGGUGGCCUAGUUGACACAUCACAUUAAAUCGGAGUUUAAAACAAACUCUGAUUUAGUGUUCGCAUGGUGCUGUUCUUCUCCUGCUUCCAUGCCAUGGAUGAAUGAGCCAGAGUCUGGUGUGUCGUGUCCAUCAAACUUUGGGUUCAUGGUUUGUUUCCUCCACACUGCUUAUGGUUUGUUUUAGAGGAAACAAACCCACGAGCCUUAGUUCAAAUGGCCCAACUGGCUUGUUUCGUCUGCUGUAUAGAAGCAGGGGAAGAGUGCUGUGGAAAUGUCUGAGGAGUGUGCCGCCAGCACACUGCUCAUUUAUCUUAAAGCAAAAGUUUCUAAUAAACUGUGGCUUAGUGAAACAGCUCAGUAUAUCCCACUACAGGAAAAUCAUAGGUUUGAGAGAAACCCUGUAAAUAAAAGCAUCAGCAGUUUCUGUGCCACACAAGUCUGCAUUUAUUACAUUAAAGCAAAACGCUUUCCCUGCCUUUUUAGAUUUGCAGGAAUAGAUGCUUCCAGUGUUUUGACUGUAUGUCCUGGAAAUGUUAUAAAUCCCCAUCAUUAAUACAUGGUUCAUGUUGCUAAAAUGGUCUCAUUUAGCACAAAAUGAAAAGACUGACCUCUUUUAGCGUUAGCACUUAAUACAUAGGACUGCUAAAAACUUUCUGGGGAAGAUAGAAAAAUUGCUGGUUAGGUAAAGCAAGAGGCUAUUUCCUUUAUUUCUUUAAGGAAAGGGAAGAGGGGUUCUGAAUGUUUUGGCUCUUAAGUCUAGUUUUAAGUGUGCCUUAAUGUAUCUCUCGAGUUUCAACAAAUUGGACAAUAAUAUUUCUGGUCUUGGAUAUUAUCUGUGGUCCUCUUAACACGGAAUGGUGCAAAUUCUACAAUUGGCCCCUGUCAAUCAAAUGAAAAAUUGUAAAGCCAGGUGAGCCACUGGGUAGCUAGACCUUUUUAACUUAUUUUUCUCACUGUACCUUCUCAAUCAUGUAAUCCUUAGUGCUCUUUGGGGUGCAGUGCGAUAUGUAGCCCUGGGUGCAAUAUAAUACUAAAAUAAGAGAAUUUCAUCCUGUUCAGAAGGCAACAAUCUCUUAACAAGCCAAAUCAUUUUCAAGUUCAGUGAUAGUACAAUGCAAUAUCCAUUCCAUGAAGAUAUUCUGUAGCAUUUUCCUUCCCCAACCAUUAAACUUUGUAAUUAAUUGGCCACGGGGGGGGGGGGAUUCAUUCAACUAAUGAAUCUCAUCAACAGAACUCCUGCGCAUGGGCUUUUGCUUGUGCAACAGAGCUUUCCCCACCCCCACCUCCAAAAAUGGUGCUGUGGGUGAUCAGGAGAACCCCAGGAACAGCCAGGGGGGAUCAUUCUGUAUUGUAAACCGAAAUGGCAUAAUGCGUUCCACCCCAUAUAUUUUGCAUUCCUUACGUGGAUUUCCAUGGACAUUUUUAAAGCACCAUUCCACUAAACCCACGAGGGAAGUAUAAGGACCAGAUCGCCUUUCUCCUUGCUUGCCAUUUGUGUUCUGCUUUGCGGUAGCUAAUAAGCCACAUGAAUCUAUUGGAAGGUAUCCCUACCUUCCCAUCAACAUCCAGAUGUUGGACUACUCUCAUCAUCCCUGACCAUUGGCCAUGCUGGCUGGGACAGAUAGGAUUUCAGAGUCCAACAAUAUCUGGCAGGCCACAGGUUCCCCAGCCCUGCGCUGUCUCUGUGCCAUUGAAGUUGAUUGUCUGCAACCCUGCUGGAUGUCACUGAUCAAGCAGAUUAAGGCUAAUAAUGCGUUCGUCCUUCUAAUUGUACUGCUGCUUAAAUCAUGUAAGAGUAAAUCCUGAUUUGUUACUAUUUGCAAAUGCUGUGGACAUUGUACCUUUCUUUCAGCAUGCGGGGAAUUCAGGCAACCGUUGCUGCCAACAUCCAUUGAAAUGACAAAACCUUAAGUAUUUGACCGACAGCAUGUGUGAAUCCUAGCUACACCACUGAGCCAGUGUUCCUUAAAUUCUUUGAGAUAUUCCUCUGGGCUGCCUCAUGGAUUGCUGUUGAAAAUAGGGAUUAAGGAUUUAGCACAAGGGUAGGCAAACUAAGGCCUGGGGGCCGGAUGCGGCCCUAUCGCCUUCUCAAUCCGGCCUGCGGACGGUCCGGGAAUCAGUGUGUUUUUACAUGAGUAGAAUGUGUCCUUUUAUUUAAAAUGCAUCUCUGGGUUAUUUGUGGUGCAUAGGAACUCGUUCAUUCACCCCCCCCCCCACAAAAAAAAAAAUUUAGUCCAGCCCACCACAUGGUCUGAAGGACAGUGGACCGGCCCACGACUGAAAAAGGUUGCUGACCCCUGAUUUAGCAUAUUUAGUCCUCUAAUGUGAAGUGGGUGCACAUCUUCAUCCCAACCCCAAGUAUACCAUAUCCUGGCGCCAGUUGUGUACAGCAUAGUGGAGAUAUGAUGGGGCCGGGGAGAAGGUCAUCACCUUGCCCAUUACAGAAUUAAAAGCAGCUACAUGCUAAAUUUUUAGAUGUCUGCUACUUUAAUGUGUGAAGCAGCCCUUAAAAGAGGUUUUGAAUAUUUUUCAAGUGCUUGUACUGAGAUUAAAAUUUCUGUUGCUUAAGGAUUCAAACAUGGCUCAUUUAAUCUCCCAAAUAUUCAUGCAUUCAUGCUCUGUAAAUAGUGCAUAUAACAAUAAAACUGAACUGAAUGCAUUUAGGUUAAGUAAAAAAUAAUUAAAAAAAAUUAGUGGUAGAUCAAAAAUAUAUUUCUAAUUGAACGUUUCUACUGAUAGGCCAUGUUUGGCUGUUGGUUAUAAUUUCCAAAAGAGGAUUCAGGGGUUGUGAACCUUAACGCACUGUGCCAUUAAAAAGGGACGCUCCUUUUCAUUAUAAUUCAAAUAAAGUACAGUAUAAUAAACCUUAACCUUGCUGAGUUAAGACUAUAAAACUUGGGAGAUAAGAGAGCUGAAGAUCAGAUUGCUUACCUGCGCUAAAUGGAAAUGCUGGAAAAAGCAGCGCAGGAUUGAGGCGGCAGGUGAAAAACGAUGCCUUAAUUGAGAGGUGAUAAUCCACUUAAAUUUUCUUAGUACUAUCAUGCCUAGAAUGCAGUGACUUGAGGUUUCCUAAUUCCAAAAAGCAAUGGCCAUAUUCCGAGCUUUGGUAAAAUUAGAAAGACACCCGCAGUAAACAUUUCCCUUGGUCUACGUAACAAUAUUUCUCUCCCUCCCACAACCCAAAAAGAUGUUUUGAGAUAUGGCAAAUGGUCAGGAAAAUUGUGAGCAUUCAUUUAACUCUGACGAUCAUGCAACUGAUCAGCGUUCAAAAAGUUUGCCAAGUGUACGUUGGCCCAUAAAUCCUAACUCUACACCGGUCUCAAAGGUGCUCCAUCUUUGAAGAGCACCUUUUUGGGCAGGAAAUGGCAACAUGAAAAUAAGUUCAAAAUGGGUGCUUUUGGUAUGCACCACUGUAGAAAAUAACGGGUCUCAUGCCGUAGGAAGGUUUAGGCCAGGCUUCCUCAAACUUGGCCCUCCAGAUGUUUUGAGACUACAAUUCCCAUCAUCCCUGACCACUGGUCCUGCUAGCUAGGGAUCAUGGGAGUUGUAGGCCAAAAACCUGGAGGGCCGAGUUUGAGGAAGCCUGGUUUAGUGUUUAGUGUUAGUCAUUUAGUGUUCCUUGUCCUGUUCACUGUGAUGGAUAAAGUAGAUUGAUGGUACUUUAACCCAUCGCUGCUUUGUUUUGAUAGCAAAUAAUGGGCUACUUCAGUUUGGGGGCAUAAUGCUAAACUCAUGCCUUGUGAAAGAGUUGGAAGUAAGCUGUGGGCUUUUAAAUUUCCCCCCUCCCCAUUAUCUCUCCGGCUAAAACAUCAAAAUCACCCACUUUCUGUUUUAAACUAAUCUUAAAUCUUUUGUGUCUCUGAAUCAACCAGGGCAGGGAGAGUAAUUCUGGUUAAUUUAAUCAACGGUUUGUUGACACACUGGGAUCCUAAACCAUGGUUAGAUGUUGGGUUUGUUUCAAUAAACCACACUUCAAAACUCUUCAUUCCCUUCCCAGGAUGAACUGGCUAAUUUGCAGUUGUGCUGGAGGUCAGGGAAAGGGAGUGUAAACCCAGUAGUUCUCUUUGAAGUAGCACUAAGCCACAGGUGGCUGACCUUUGACCUGCUGGAGCAGUGUGGCCAAUGGUUAGGGAAUGAUGGGAGUUGUAGUUUAGCAUCUGGGGUGGCCACAGGUUACGCACCUCUAUACUAAACCAUUGUUCAGUACUACAUUGGAAACAGGUCAUGAUGAUGUUCCUUCAUGAGAGGCUAGAUGGUGGAUCAAAGAAAUGGUUUUUACAAUCAGAGUUUCAAGUCUGAUAACUACUUUACCAGACAGACAAUUUAUCAAAGUGUAAUUAUGCCUCCUGGACUAAACUGUCUUAUAACUGGUCAACAGUUCAUUAAAGCUGAGAGUACAUCAUGAAAUUUGCUUUUUAUAAAACAGGCUGCAAUUAAUAUAUGCUUUACAGAAUAAGUCACUUUGUUUUCAAAAUUUCAAAAAGUUGUUCCUAAGUUUGUGUGUUGAUCAUCAUAGCAAUGUCCAUUCAAAUAAUGUUAUUUGAUCUACAUAGAUCAAAUGGCUGCAUCUAUUACUGUUUUUAUUGUGAACACAUUCCUUAAAAAAAAAUCCAAUGUAUUAUGGGUAAAGUUCCUCCACAAGACGCUGACAAAUAAAUGUGGACAGAAUUUCUUCUGUAAUCGCAACAAAUUUAAAUAUCUUCGGCUUUGGUUGUUAAUACAUUUCAAGCAAUAGUUUCGAGUAACUGUACAGCUUGUUAGCUUAAGGUUCAAUCAUUACAAAAGGAUUUUUUAAAGUUUUGUAGGUGGGGAAGUUUUAAUAUACAGUACAUAUUAAUAUUCACAUUAAUGGGAAAUAGGGAAUAUUUCGUAUUUUCCCACUUGUAAUGGCAAAGUUGGCAUUUUAACUCUGGUUUUGAAUAGUCUAAAAGACCAAAUUGUAAUUGAAAAAUACUUCUUGAUUCCAUUGCAGGCUCACAUUCUGCCAGCUUACUGUGCAUAUAACACUUAACCAUAACAGCCGUUUUCAAAUAAGUUGCCUUACUUUGUUGCAGUGAAUUUAUUGUCUUUUUCUCUUGUUUACUGUUCUGACAAUGAUGUUAAAAAUGUAUGUCUUGCAAAUGUUUCAUUCAUAGUUGCUAAAUUAUUUAACACGUCUCUUGUAAAUUGUUUUUUUAAUUUAUUUUCAUCAUGGACGCUCUUCUGUGUCAUUUUCAUGCCACGAUGGAAGCCUAUACCGUAAUCAUUCCCAUCGCCACUGUAUAAAAAUCCUCUGCUGCUUGCAUGAGUAAAUGUGAAAAUUUAAUUUUGUUGUUUGAUGGGCACUUUUCAUUUCCCCUUGUUCUACUACUGUUCUGUAUGAAUGAACAGAACUUUUACUUUUUUUUCUAAAUAAAUACCAAUGGUUGAUUCUCUUCCCCCAUACUUUUUAAUUCCAUGUACCCUUGCAAGCUGUCUUAAUAAAAGGGUGAGAAACCUGU